UUUGGCAAAUGCCAAAUCACGUAGUCCUUAUCUUUUAAAAUCCAAAACAAAUUCAGCAAAGAUGUUUUUCUUUUUCUUAUCAGAAUUUUGUGAAGAUGUUAACUGUUAGAAAAAACUGGAAGAAUAGAGAAAGAAUGGAGAUCGAACAGAGAGCAUAGAGAACCAAUAAGCUGUUUUACUAAAAGAAUCGGGUUUGUUGGCUAAAAAAACUCUCCAAUGUGCACCCCGGUUUUAAGGGGGUGCACAAAUUUGGACUCCAAACAAUCAAUGUAAACACUUUAAUUCAACUUUUCAGUUUCAAAAAAAAAAACUGACAUAAAAUAUGGUUGAGCUGUCUUGAUCUAUCUACUUAAUCAAAACACAAUAGAACCGCUAAUGCAAAAAUAUCACUGAUCAAACCAAGCAUCUAAACAUCAGCAUUUAAUGAGAAGAAGGCUCGUAGUGACUGCACAAAAUUCCCUGAUACGGUUAUAAAGAUCCCCACAUCUAAAAUCACAUUGAAUUCAUUCCAAAAUCAUCUGGCAGUUCCUUCAAUAACUGACAGGGAUACUGAUCAUCUGGAAGUUAUUUUCUAAGUGUCUUAUCACUCGUUCACCAUCAUGAACAUCAAUAUCAUAAAAUAAACAGUUGGGUGAAAAUUAGGGACCUCAUCAUCAAAACCACGGAGAACGCGACCCUUCUCUCACGAUUUCACCAUUUUCAAGUCGCAAUGACAAACCCCAAAGCAGUAGCUUCUCUUCUUCAGAUAUCACCCUUCAUCUCUCUCCUCUUGCUAGCCAUAUUUGCGUACCCAAUUCUGUCCACAAAAAGUUUGCAAGCUUUUGAUUUCCUACAGCAGCUGGAUGGAUGGCACAAAGGUCAGAAAGUUGAAAGCGUUCAUGAACUCAAACAGUAUCUCAGAAAAUUUGGGUACUUAGAUGUCUGUUAUAACCAUACCAAACAUGAACAUAACAAUGAAUUUGAUGACGAUUUAGAAUCUGGAAUCAAAAGUUACCAACUUAAUUAUCAUCUCAAAGCCACCGGAAAGCUGGAUGCUCAAACAGUGAAACAGAUGAGGAUGCCUAGAUGUGGAGUCCCAGAUAUUGUCAAUGGCAAGACUUCCAUGAGAUCAGGUAAGAAGAAGCAUACAAAUGGAGGAAAUAGCAGCUCACUGCACAGUGUCUCGCUCUACAGCUUCUUCCAAGGAAGCCCAAGAUGGCCAGAUUCCAAAUCCUACCUUACCUAUCAAUUCAGCUCUACCGUCCCAGUUACUGAUCUCAAAACUUUGAAAACUGUCAGCAAAAGAGCUUUUGCGAGAUGGGCAGAGGUGAGCCAUUUCAAAUUUUCUGAAGCUACUGAUGAGGCAGCAGAUAUUGUGAUUGGAUUCUACAGCGGUGAUCAUGGUGAUGGAUCCAGCUUUGAUGGUCCUGGAGGAACACUUGCUCACUCCUUUUCACCAACAGAUGGAAGACUUCAUUUUGAUGCAGAAGAGAAUUGGAGUACUAAUCCAAAGCAAGACAUGAUGGACAUAGAAACAGUUGCUGUACAUGAAAUUGGUCAUCUGCUAGGGCUUGAGCACAGCUCAGAACCAAAAGCUAUCAUGUAUCCUAUCAUCUUAUUUGGAUCCCAAAAAAGGAAACUGCAUGGUGAUGAUGUUCAAGGUAUACAAGCCUUAUACAGUCAUAUUGCAUAAUUAUAAUUAUCAUAACAAUAGAAAAUAAAUGGGCAGCAGGUUUUGCCGUUAA